GGCUUUCAUAAGCAUGCCAGUCACAUCAGAUGACCAAAUACCUGGACAGCCUUAUGUUUUUUUCUGGUGUGCUGGAUCUGCUAAAAUGCAAAUCAUUGCCUCAACACAGCAGAAAGGCCAAAAGAGACCAUGUGACUUCAGAUGUGAAGCAGGCAACUUCAGCCCAUCCCUUUCUCUCUGCCUGAGAUUCAGGAGGCAUGGUGACAAAACAGCUCUGCUACAGCACACGUACAGCACAGCUGGAGGGCUGCAGCCAUGAGCUUUCACACCAGCUUGGAUGAUGAAAACAGCAUUUUCCCCUGGCUGUUUCUGAAGAGCAGCGUUCAAGAAAUUUCCUCUCGGGAAGCUGUAUAAGUAGGUGAAGAGCAAGUGCAUUGCAGCUCCUGAGCCCCAGAGAAAAUUGGAGCACCUGUUCUGCAGAGCUGCACCCCUCAGGAGUUGCUUUCUCUUAAAAAAAGAAUCUUCUAAAGGUACUCUUGUAGAAAAAAUCUUGGUAUUGCUGACGCAGAAAGAAUAAAAGGGUAUUUUGCUCUUUCCAGCUUCAUUCCCUCUGCAAUACACAGAAGCAAAUCCAUCACAAAACCAUGUUAUAGCAUCUCUCAGUUCUCUGCAGUCCUCAUUUCCAAAAGAAAACAAUUCUAAAGGAAAUCUGUGAGUCACAGUAAACUAAACAAUGGAUAAGAUGGCAUCAAAGGAAAGCCUCUGUCAUUGGAAGCAUCCACCCAUCCAUCCAUCUGAUCUUUAUGCAGGAAACUGUUCCUGUCUCAGCACCUCUACAACUCCAUGUACCUUCUAAGACAUGUUAUGGGAGGAGAUCAUAGCUACCUGUUCACAAAUAUGGUUGAGAAAGGGGAGUGCUAGGGAAGAGCCGAGGAGCCCAGAGGGGUAUAGUCCUCAUCACUGAAGGAACAGCACAGGAAAUGUGUGUAAUGCUAACAGCUGAGAGGAACAUGCUCCAUAUCAGCAGCAAUUAAAACGGAUAGGCAGCAGCAUUGGAACCAUGGGGUGCAACAGAUCUGUACCUGACAGAAGGUCAGAGAGAGUCAUUAAAGCCGCCAUCCUCAUCCAGAAGUGGUACCGCGCAACAAUGGCCCGGAUAGAGAUGAGGCGCCGCUAUUCUCUGAGUAUCUUCCGGUCAAUCGAAUAUGCUGAUGAACAAGAUCAACUGCAGCUAUCCAAGUUUUUUUCAUUCAUGCUGGAUCACUAUACUAAUCUUGAUUCAGUUUCUCCCAUUUCCACCAGCCCUACUGAUCCUCAGGUGGUGGGUGAAUGCUUACAUAUAACAGAAUUUGAAGAGAAAAUUGAUGUUCCAGACUCAUAUUAUGGGCCACGACUCUCAUUCCCCCUUACUGUUGGAGAUGCCAAUGCUCUUAUUCAUGCUUUCAGGAAUAAACAGCGGCUUCAUCCCCACUAUGUACUGCAGCUACUGUGUGAAACCAGGAGAGUUCUCAAGUUGAUGCCAAAUAUCACCCAUCUUUCAACUUCCUACUCCAAGGAUAUAACUAUCUGUGGAGAUUUACAUGGAAACCUGGAUGAUCUUUUGCUGAUAUUCUAUAAGAAUGGUGUGCCUUCAGAACAAAACCGUUAUGUCUUUAAUGGUGAUUAUGUUGACAGAGGGAAAAAUUCUUUGGAAAUACUUAUAAUCUUAUUUGCAUUUUUUCUUAUCUACCCCAAUAAUAUAUCCUUGAAUAGAGGAAACCAUGAAGACUACCUGAUGAACCUGAGAUAUGGCUUCACAAAAGAAGUUUCGAGUAAGUACAAGGAACACAGUACACAGAUUUUGUAUCUUCUGCAAGAUGUCUUCAGCUGGCUACCCCUUGCCACUAUAAUUGAUAACAAAGUUCUCAUCCUACACGGAGGGAUUUCAGACACCACAAAUUUGGAUUUCCUGAAGGCACUUGAAAGAAAUAAGUUGAAAUCUUUGCUACGGCCGCCCAAGUCAGCGGGAGGCAGACACGACCAGAAGGAGGGAAUUUCCACAACUGGCCUCAGUAAACACACUGCCAAUCAGCAUGAUGCUGGGAAGACACAGCAUGACUCUUCAUUGAGCUCCACUGAGCCUUCAGGCUCAAAUUUGCCUGCAGGCCCCACCCAGGAGGAAUGGAAACAAAUCCUUGACGUUCUCUGGAGUGACCCAAGAAGCCAAAAUGGUUGUAAACCAAACAAGAGUCGAGGAGCAGGCUGCUACUUUGGUCCUGAUGUCACUGCCAAGAUCUUUCAAAGGUAUAAUCUGAAGAUUCUCAUCAGGUCUCAUGAAUUUAAGCGGGAAGGUUAUGACAUCAGUCAUGGUGGGAAGGUUAUCACUAUCUUUUCUGCCUCUAACUAUUACGAAGAGGGGAGUAACCGGGGAGCAUACGUCAAACUGGACCCUGAACUAAUUCCUCGGUUUGUACAGUUUCAAUCCAGCAAGCACACACGCAGUCUGAAUAUUCUGGAGAGGGUGGGCACAAUUGAAUCAUCUGCCUUAAAGUCCUUACAGGAGCUGAUUUAUGCUCAUAGGUCUGAACUCAUUAGUGCUUUUGCACAAUACGACCUCAAUGGCACAGGCUGCAUUUCUGUCCCUGACUGGGCUGCAGCAAUGGAGUCUGUCCUAAAGCUGGAACUGCCCUGGAGGAUGCUGCGGCCUCGGUUAGCACAGAUGAACCCGGAUGGACAAGUUGACUUCAUGUCAUGUUUUUAUGAUUUGAAAAUGGAUCAACCUAUAAAAGAGGCUCAGCCAGCUUUGGUGGAAACACUGUGCAGAUACAGAAAGGAUUUGGAGAUCAUCUUUAACAUCAUUAACAAAGAUAACUCGGGUCUGAUUUCUCUUGAGGAGUUCAGCCAGACAUGGAGACUCUUCACCUCUCAUGUGGGAAUUGAUGUACAGGAUGACUCCCUUGACAAAUUAGUCCUGAGUAUAGACCACAACAAAGAUGGCCACAUUGACUUCAAUGAAUUUUUAGAGGCCUUUCACUUUGUUCACAGAGUCGAGGAAAAGGAAAACUCAUGAAAAGGCAGAACUUGUGAGCUGUCUUGGAAGCUCACCUUCCUGUCCUUAGUCAUAAAAGGGCUGCUCGAUACAGUAUGAUACGAUAUGCACUGAGGUCACCGUGUAAGCCUUUAUGUAGUCCCUCCUGGAUGAUAUGUACCUGCAAUUAAUGAGACAGAAGAGAUGAAAACCCACUAACAGCAUUCCUGUGUCACUGCCAUACACUGCCAGUACCUUACAACUUACCCUCCCCCAUGUCCCCCAUUAAUCUAAUCCGUGAACACUGCCAAGGUCACACCUUCAAGAGUGUAGGAAGAGACUUGGGUUUAAUUUCUCUCAGUGGUCCUUGGCAACAGCUGAGAGCACUGGUGACCACAAGGAACAUAUCAGACCCUCCUUGGUUAUGAAACAGGCACAAGAGACACUGACUAUGGAGUGUCCAGUGCAGGAAAGGAAACCAAGGAAGAACCAUCUAGUUAAAAUAGGUUGUUCUGCAUUUAAAUUUGCUCUUUGGGUGACAGAGUGGAACUAAAUCAUUCCAGGUCACUGUCUAUCCCAGCUUUACAGACACAACUUACAGGAUCUUGGUUGAAAGGUGUUUACACUUGUGCUAAGUUUCCUCUUACGACUGGUAACUUUUUGCCACAUUUGUUGGAAUUUGGAGCUAAGAAACAGUCAUAACUCAUCACCUUAAUGAUGACUAAAUCCAUAGCAUGUUAAUGUAACAUACAAAAGAUCACAAAAUAAAGCUUUAGCUUUCUGAGUAAUGUCUAAGUAGUUAA